GGACCGUCUGUGGACUGCCGGUGUCCUCCAUCGGUGUCAGGAUUGCACAACUGUCCAGAGCAGCAUUCCGGCAGCAGACAUGGGAUGGGCAGCAGGCAUCACAGAAGUCUCACUCACAUCAUUUCAACUCUGAAGUGGCACAAGCGGCUUGAUUAAAUUCAUGAAAUGUUGAGGUGGACAUCUGGCUGUAUGAUGCAUUUUCCUUCCCCAUAGAUGAUCCCAUCGUAAACACUGAAAGCAAAGCAGCCAUUACCCUUCAGUGAAUCAUCUGAAUGGAAAUAUGGACUCCUGCAGAGGAGGAGUUUUAACUCAACAUGUCCAGGAACUAUGAGCCUGGUCACUCAGUAGGGAUGUUGGCUGCUGUGGAACAUGGUCCCAUCCUCUGCAGCGACUCCAACAUCCUGUGCCUCUCGUGGAAAGGACGGGUCCCCAAGAGCGAGAAGGACAAGCCUGUGUGCCGGAGACGGUAUUAUGAGGAAGGCUGGCUCGCCACAGGGAACGGGAGGGGAGUCGUUGGGGUGACAUUCACAUCUAGUCACUGCAGGAGGGACAGGAGUACACCUCAGAGAAUUAACUUCAAUCUGCGAGGACACAACAGUGAGGUUGUCUUGGUCCGUUGGAAUGAACCCUUUCAGAAACUGGCCACCUGCGAUAUGGAAGGAGGGAUUUUUGUGUGGAUCCAAUAUGAGGGAAGAUGGUCUGUGGAGUUAGUGAAUGACAGAGGAGCCCAGGUGAGUGACUUUACUUGGUCACAUGAUGGCACUCAAGCCCUCAUUGCGUACAGAGAUGGAUUUGUGUUGGUCGGCUCCGUCAGUGGACAAAGACACUGGUCCUCUGAGAUUAACCUGGAAAGUCAAAUCACCUGUGGCAUUUGGACACCUGAUGAUCAGCAGGUGUUGUUUGGCACAGCAGAUGGUCAGGUGAUAGUGAUGGAUUGUCAUGGUCGAAUGCUCGCUCAUGUUUUGUUACAUGAAUCCGACGGGAUAGUGAGCAUGUCGUGGAACUGCCCUGAUUUCCUAGUGGAGGACAGCACAGAGAGCGACACAGAGUCGGAUGACAACAUUCUGCCUCUAGUGCGGAGAGUCAAGCCUCUGUUGACGGUCACCUUCUUAUCAGGAGAUAUCAGUUUAAUGAACAACUAUGAUGACCUCUCCCCUGCCAUAAUUCGCUCAGGGCUCAAAGAUGUUGAGGCCCAGUGGUGCUCUCAGGGAGACCUUUUGGCUGUGGCUGGCAUGGAGAGACAUGGUCUACCUGCUGAGUCUGCCUGUGCAUCCAUCAUGAGGAAUGCCCUGGUGAAGUUUUACAAUGUUCAAGGAGAACAUAUCUACACCUUAGAGACACCUGCGCAGAGACCCAUCACCACCAUCUGCUGGGGUCACAGAGACUCCCGUCUGUUCCUUGCCUGUGGACCAGCGCUGUACGUGGUGCGUGUGGAGCACAGAGUGGCCAGCCUACAGCUCUUAUGCCAGCAGGGGAUCGCCAGUGCCCUGCGAGAGGAGAAGGAUGUGGGCAAACUAAACAUGCCCUCACUACUGUGCUCUUAUGUCACCACCGCUUUCAUACCCACCAUCAAGCCACCAAUUCCUGACCCCAACAACAUUCGUGACUUUGUCAGCUAUCCCACAUCUGGCAACGAGCGGCUCCACUGCACCAUGAAGCGAGCAGAGGACAGCCCUGAGACAGGCGGACCCUGCUAUACACUGUACUUGGAAUAUUUGGGAGGAUUGGUGCCCAUUCUCAAAGGAAGACGCAUCAGCAAACUCCGCCCUGAGUUUGUAAUUAUGGACCCAAAAACGGACAGUAAAGCAGAGGAGGUGUGUGUGAAUCCCAUCUCAUACACUGACAGCUGUAACUGCUCCGACUCCAGUGACCUUGAGUUGAGUGACGAAUGGGUCGGGAAGAAGUCACCGAAGUUAUCUCGAGGAAACAGAAUAAAUAUGGAAUCACGAAAAUCUCCUAAACUUUCACGAGCAAAUCAGGAAGGCUCACGAUCACCAAGGUUAUCCACCAAGAAGCCUCCUGUUCGGUCACCUAGUCUGACUCGCCGAGAGUUUUCUAUGGAUGGAAUCACAGAGCAUAAUUACCUUGCUCAAGUCACUUCCAACAUUUGGGGGACAAAGUUCAAAAUUGUUGGACUUGCUUCUUUCCUCCCUACAAAUCUCGGUGCAGUCAUCUAUAAGACUAGCCUGCUCCAUUUGCAACCAAGACAGAUGACAAUCUAUCUUCCAGAAGUGAGAAAGAUAUCACAUGACUUCUUGAGCCUGCCUGUGUUCAACCCAAAUGUUUUCAGUGAGGAUGAGGAUGACCUACCAGUGAUGGGGCCCCCUGGAGUGGCAGGAGAAAAUCCUCCAUGUACAGUCAACAUUCCAAUUGCUCCCAUACACAGCCCUGCUCAGGCCAUGUCACCGACUCAGAGUAUUGGCCUGGUUCAGUCUCUUCUGGCCAAUCAGAACAUUCAGCUGGAUGUCUUGACCAACCCUACGGCUACUGCAGCAGCGGCGGCAGCGGCGGCAGCGGCGGCGGCUGCCUCCGUCCCUGUUGCUGAUCGUAGCCAAGAUGCAGUUGCAGCACCAUAUCCAGUGACAACUAGAUACUCCAACCCUGGUCAGGUGAUCUUUAAUGGUCUGGAACUGGGUCCUCUUCUCCCUGGAACUCUACCUCCUCCACCUCCACCUCACCAUCUCCCACCUCAGCCACACUCACAGAGGUCUCAUUCCCAGCAGCCUCGUCAACAGCAGUCCAAACAAUCGCAACAACUGCAAACACAGCAGCAGCAGCAGCAACAAAAGAUGCAGCAGCAGCAACAACACCAUCACCCAUCCCAAUCACAGCAGCAGCAGCAACAACAGCAGCAGCAGCAGCAACAACAACAGCAACAACAAAUGCAACAGCAACAUCUACAGCAGCUGCACCAUCAGCAACAGCUCCAUCAACAGCAGCAACAACAUCCGCAGCAACAUCAGCAGCAUCAAGUUCAGCAACACCAACAAAUGCAACAGAAUCAACAGCAAGUAACGAGCCAACAACUUCAGCAUCAACAACAAAUCCAGCAACAACAGCAACAGAUGCAACUGCAGCAUGAGCAGAUGCAGCAACAGCAGCAACAGAUGCAACAGCAACAGCAGCAAAUUCGACAGCAGAUUCAGGAGAUGAGGCAACAGCAGCAGCAGCUCCAACAGCAGCACCAGCAGAUCCAACAACAACAUCAACAGAUGCAGAGGCAACAUCAACAGAUGCAGCAGCAACUGAAGAUGCAGAUGUCAUUGCCCCCUCCUCCAUCUGGUUAUCCGACCAUUUCCUUACAGCAGAUUCAUCUUCUGCCUCAGAUCACUCCUCCUGCCAGUGAGCCUGUAUUAGACAGAGGAGACCACGGACACACUCUGAAACCAAGUCUGCCAAGGACUUUACCACCGUCCUUCAAUGACACAGAUGUACCAGUGGAGAUUCAGAUGAGGAAGGUGAAUCCUCCUCCACCAUACCCAGGAACUGUGGUUUCAGCCACUGCUGCAGCCACAGCAGCAGCUACACCUCAGACCCUUGUCACAAACUGUGACAGCCCAAGUGUCCUGGCACCAGACCCCUGCCUAAAGAAGGAGGAGUUUUUGCUUCACCCUGUCACCCUACAAUACCCAACCCCACUGGGUUAUGAAAGGAUCACAACCUUUGACAGCAGCGGCAAUGUGGAAGAAGUGUGUCGGCCACGCAGGCGACUCAUUCGAAACCAAAAUGCAUAUGCUGUACAUGGUAUCGGAGGCUCGGCCACGCUCAAAGUCACUUCUUCUGAGAGUAAGAAAAUUCAACUUCCGUAUAGUUCAGCAACACUGAGUCGUCUCUCCGUUCCUCGAUACUCAAUACCUAGUGGAGACCCUCCCCCUUACCCUGAUCCAGCCAAUCAAGUAACGGCUACACUCCCCCCCCCACAAAGAAUUGAUAGCAGUCUAAUUCAUGCCACUCUCCGUCGUGACCGCAGGGAUGUGGGACUCAAAGUACCCCAGAUGAUGGAAAGCUCCAGAACCCUUCCCACAAAGGCUAAAAUGAAUAGUGCGUUAGCUCUGACCUACCAACAGAGGGUGCCCACUGCACUCUACACAUGCACCCAGUGCAGCAGUAACAGCAGCAGCACUAGUGUCAGUGUUACUGGUGGUGGAACAACAAGUAGUGGUAUAGCAGGUGGCACGGUGGUGAGGCAGGACUUCCCACCAGGGAAAGCUCCCCAUCAUAGUACCAUUAUUGUGCACUCCAAAAGUGCCUCACCUUUGGCCUCACAGUCAUCUUACAGUCUGCUGGGCGCUGUUGAUAACAGCCGGGACAGAACGGUGUACGUUAACUCUGCCUUUACUGAAGAUGAGACUUUAAAUCAGCAGUGUCACCUUGAAAAGUCUGUUCGCCAGCUGACUCUGGGUGAUGUCAGUUUGACAGUUAAACGCCCUCCACCUUAUCAGUGGGACUCCUCUACCACUGAAGACUUCUGGCUCACCCCAGAGCAACCAAUGUUAGCCCCCCCACCAGGACCCCACAAACCUCCUCCGCUCAUUAUCAGUCAGGCUCAGCACCUGGACGUGACCCGGCUACCUUUCAUCCUCACAACCAAACCUCCAGCCAGUCCAAGUGCAAAUACUCUUACGUUGCCAUCAGGUUACCAGAUUUCCCUUUCACCUUUCCCCACAGGUGCGGGUCACGGUGUACCCCCACUUCAGACUUUACAGAACCCGCCACCACAGUGUGCUCCGAAUGAAGUAGUCGCUCCGGUUUCCUUUACUCAACAAGAUCCCAGUUUGGUCUUACCGCCGGGUUAUCCUCCAAACCUGGCUGGCUUGACUUGUUGUCCGCUCCCUCCAGUGUAUCCAGGAGCCAGCUCAUGUGCCGGACUUCAGCUGCACCCUGUCAGCCUGCACCCUUGGAACCCUUACCCCUGCCCACCUCCCAUGCAAGACCCUCCGGCCCCUCCCCUCCCGACUAAAACGCAUCAGAUAUUAGAGAAGCCGAUCCUCUCCCCCCCUCCCCCCACCGCACCUCCUCCACCACCACCUCUCCCCCCUCCUCCUCCACCCACUGAGCUCCCACCAUCCAAAAGUGCCACAGAGGAUCUAACAGAAUCUGCCAACAACUUUCCAGAGCCGUCAUCCCUUAAUGAAAGCCCAGUCCCACAGGAGUCCGAGCGCUACAACAAGAAGAGCCGCAAAAGACUGGACAGCAGAGCUGAGGAGGCAAAUUUACCCACUGUCUCUGAAGGGAAAUCAAGAAAGGAAGGCCGUGCUCUCUCUGACUUUAACACGCUUAUUUCCAGCCCAAGGCUCAGCAGCAGAGAGAAGAAGAAGCCCAAGGGACAAAGGGAGCAGCUUAAUAAAACCAAGAAGAUGAACAGGACGACAAAUGAGUUUCAGGAUAGCUCAGAGAGCGAGCCAGAGCUGUUCAUUAGUGGAGAUGAGCUCAUGAAUCAAAACCAGAGUAGUAAGAAGAGCUGGAAGAACAAGCGCAGCCUCCGGAUGGCAAGUGAGCUGGAGGAGAUCAAAUGCCGCAAGGCCAAUGAGAGAGAGGACCGUAGUUUAGGAAGCCAAGGAUUUGUCUAUGUUAUGGCCAAUAAGCAACCACUGUGGAACGAAGCCACACAAGUGUACCAGCUGGACUUUGGAGGACGGGUGACCCAGGAAUCAGCCAAGAACUUUCAGAUUGAGCUGGAUGGUAGACAGGUGAUGCAGUUUGGGAGGAUUGAUGGGAAUGCCUAUAUUUUGGAUUUCCAGUAUCCUUUUUCAGCAGUGCAGGCGUUUGCUGUUGCUUUGGCCAAUGUGACUCAAAGGCUGAAAUGAAAGGCUUCGUUUGUCGAUUCCACUUCAGACAGACCGUGCGCUGGUCUCACACCUGUGUGUGGAGCUAGAGUUGUGGAAAUGUCGACCAUUUAGUGGUUCUUUUUUAAAGAGGUAAAUACAAAAGGAAGUCCGUCAGUUGCAGAUCAUUUAAGAUCAGUCUCUUAAAGGUAACGUUUGCCUAGAUCACUGGUCACAAACUAUACUAGUCAA